GUGUCCAUCUGCAAAACCUGCACAGCCACAGCCCCGAGGAGAUCAAGUGCCGAUACUGUCCCGCUGGCUUCCAUGAGCGCUACGCCCUCAUUCAGCACCAGAGGACCCAUAAGAACGAGAAGAAGUUCAAGUGCAAGCAGUGUGAUUACGCUUGCAAGCAGGAGCGGAGCUUGACAGCGCACAUGCGCACACACACGGGAGAGAAGCCCUUCUCCUGCCUUGUCUGCAACAAGCACUUCCGGCAGAAGCAGCUGCUCACUGUGCACCUGAGGAAGUACCAUGAUCCAAGCUUCAUCCCUGACAUGCACCUGUGCCUCAAGUGUGGCAAAGGCUUUUCCCGAUGGAGUAACCUGCAGAGACACAGGAAGAAGUGUGACCCGGAGCACGAGAAGUUGGCCACCUCCAAAACAGGAAGACCUGUGCAGCGGACCCAGGCAGUGGAGAGAAGAGCAGGAUGGGACAAUGACACUACUGCCCAGGAAAGCACCAUCUCGAGGGAGGCACAGUGCCCUGAGGAGCCAGCCCUGGGCCACCGAGACAAAAAUGAAGCCGAGAACGAGAGCCUGGACAAAGGCCUGACCUGCGAGAUGAUCUUUAACAUGAUGGAUAAGUGACUGGCUGCUCCGUGCUGCGGCCUCUGGGGGAAGAAGUUAGUCAGAAAUGAGUUCCCAGCCUUAGCCAUCCCGAGUUCCCCGAGUUUGAGAUAGUGUGUAGAAAUGUUUGAAGAAGAAAAAAAAAAAAAACAACUGCAGCUUUUUCCUAAAACCUAGAGUCAGAGCUUGGAGUGAAGGGCACACCUCAGCCCCAUGGGCUCAUUCUCUGGGCACUGGCAGGGUGGCCCACAAUGAGCCAGGGACAGUUUUUAGGUCAUACUUAUUCCCACGGGAGCUCAAAACUAUUAACGCCUUAGUGGUUAGAGCAAGGAGUCUUUCGAGUUGUGUCCACCCUUGACAUUUCUGAUACUAUGAUUUUAAACACUGAAAUGAAUUGUAUCCUCUUUUUUUAUACAGAUGAAUUUUUCCAUGACAUUUAAAGCGACCGUGAUGCUUUUAAUGAAUUCUAAAUUAAACCCAAGGAUCUUAAUGUUAUGAAAAGUUGGAAUAGUAGAAAACAGAGAAUAGCUCGUUUAACUAGAAAAAAUAAUAAUAUAAUAGAUUUUACUUUGGCAUAGAGCAAGGCUCACUUUUAGUUUUUGUUCCUCCUACUUUUGUAGAGCUGUGGAUUGACCCCAGUGCCUGGCACAAGCUGGGCAAAUGCUCCAUCACCAGGCUAUACCUCCAGCCCAGACACAACUUUCCUUUUUUUUUUUAAUAUUAAGUUGUCCAGGGUGGACUUGAACUCAGCCACACUUUGAACUAUUCAUCCCCCUUCCUCAGUCUUCCAAGUAGCUGGAAUGACUAGCCUUUGCCAACAGGCCAGGCUUGUGUUGUCUUUUAAUCAUAUUCUUUGCCAGCUACGAAACUGCCCUGGUAUUGUCCCUAGCAUUAUUGUUGUUCCUUAGCCAGGUGUGAUGGUUCACACCUGUCUUGACCAGAACACAGGAGGCAGAGACAGGAGGAUGGGAAUUCAAGGUCAUCCUCAGCUACAUAUCAAACUCUGGGCCAGCCUGGGCUCCAUGAGACUAUCUCUCAAAAAAAACAUAUAUUUAUAUGAUUUCUUAGUAUUUAAGUUUGUAAUCCUUUUGUUUUCCUGAAGGUAUUUUAUUUACAUUUUUAAAAAUGGUUGGCUGUGAGAAGAAACGUGGAAGUCUGAUAAUGAAAUGUGUAUUUGUGAAGAAUUCGAGGGCUUGCUUUAUUAAUUCUCAUUAGUUAGGGAGAAUAUCCUUAAACCCUUGUUCUGACCUCCAGUGUCUGGGGCAUCUCUGUGCAGCUGAGGUUAGCCAGGGCCUGUCUACAGGAGCCAGGGUCCCUAUCUUCGUUUAGUGAACCUCUGGGACCCCUACACCUCCAUGUCUCCGAAUCACCCAUAGGCCCCAAGCUAAAAUUCUGAAAAUGUCCAUCUGUUCAAAACAUCCCACGAGUGAAGCCACUGAGGUGUGGACACAGGAGCAGCCCCCAGCAGAAGGGACACCGUGUUCUCUCCCUGCCAAGAAUGAACUCCAUUUAUGACAUGUAAUAGGAUUUGCACUGUGCUCUGUCAUACGCUGUCAUUGUGACUUGAUUUUCAUAUUUUUGACUGUUGGGAAGAAUUUUGGCAUUAUUCAAUAAAAUGAAAUGAUUUUUUUUUAAAACGA